UUGUCUAUUCAUAUUGUCUAUUCAUAUUGUAUCAUUUUGUCUAUUUCAGCUGUACUGCUGCACUAGUGCAAUAAGUUAGAAAGAGACAAACUUACUUUCUUUCACUCUAACUAAUUGCAUUAGUGCAGCAGUGCAGCUGAAAAGAACAGGCCCAUACAUUUAAGUUCAUCAACGUCCUAUGCCACGUGGGUCGUAUACACUCCGCUCUAAACUUUCGUUCAAGCCUUUCUAUUUAGUGCAUAUAUAAUAUUUUUUAAUUAGUGAUAUAUAAUAAAAUUAAACUAGUGAAUAACGUGAAUAACAUUGUGAGCUUCUUUUCCAAUGGCUACUAUAACUUCUUUACCCGACGAAGUGAUUAAUAUCAUUCUGGGAGAUGAAAAUCUCAGCAUUAAGGAUGCCGUGAGUUUCAUGUCCACGUGUAAACAAUUCCACGAAAUAAUACACAGUAAAAAAUUUUGGGAAAAGAAAUUUUAUCAAAGGUGCCCUUCUGCGAGAAAAAAGUAUAAUACAGAGAAAAAGAGGAAAAUUUUUAAACACUUAGAUUUUAAAGAAAAAAUAAGAGCGAACAUUGAGUAUAUCAAAUCCCUACAACAUUAUGUACAUAUGAUGUCUAAUAAUAAUUUAACGCUAACUGAUAGAAACAAAUUAGGACACCUUCUGAUUUUCAUAGCUGAAGAUUCUAUGACUUAUUACUUUGUUUUGGAUGAAAUAAAUACAAUUAUUCCAUCAUAUAUAUAUCUAUGGAGUUUAGACCCCAAUUUGACAAUUAUAUACAACUUUUAUCGAAUUAAUAACUAUCUGAGACAAUAUCGGUUUAUAUAUAAGCUUAAUAAAUUUUUAAAUAUGUCAAAGGAGAAGAGACUUUUUGAACGGCUAAUUAUUAUUAUGACACAACAUUGUCAACCAUAUUUGUCUUAUUCGGUCAUAAAAACGUUCUUAGAUGAUAUGGCGUAUGAAGUAUUUUCCCUUGUUAAAAAUAAAUAUCCUAAGCAUUCUUUAUUUUCAACGUCUCCUGAGCAAAUUUCGUUUUGGAGAGACAACAAUAUCGAACGUAAUUUUUGGAAUCGAACAGAAGCAAUGCAAAUUAUAGAAAUUCUUGAAGAAUUUAUGUCAGAAUUGGGGUAUUGUAAAUUAAAUAAACUAUUGAAAACAUUAGAUAUAGCAUGCGAAUUUGUAAUGGAUGUUUUAGACGAUUCAGAAUUUAAAAAAACUAUUACAUAUCAGUGCGUGGCUAGAAGACUUGGCAUAUAUUGCUGUUCAACGUAUGCAGAUUUUCAUAUAGGCAACUGGUAUAAAUGCAUGUGGAAGCCGAAAUAUAAUAUAGAAGAUAUGGAGUUGGGAGAAUAUUAUUUUAAGGAUUAUUAUGCAAAAUCAUUCGCAUUCUAUAAUGCAACAAGGGAAUUGCCAUAUACUGCACCUAUUGACUUAAAUAAUAUAAAGGAGAUAAGAGUGAUGAUAUGUUGUCUCUAUGAAUCACUGAACUAUGAAAAUUAUGCAUCAUCAGUUUAUGUGAGCAGACUACUUGAAUGCAACUUAGAUAGUUACCUAGACCAAUGGUUUGGACAAUAUAAAAAUAUUAAUGAAGUAAAUAUUGAAGCUGAAUACAUUAAUAUUACAGAGUCAAUAGGGGACAGACCUGACAUUUUCUUCGAAAGAAGUGAAGACCCAAAAAGAAGAAAUGAAGAAAUCAAAUUUGCUAUUGGUAUGAUUAUAAAGCAUACAUCGCCAGUCGAAUACAAUAUUAAGGGUGUAAUAGUUGGUUGGCAUUAUGAAUGUGAUAGUGUGUUCACUAAUCUAUUGAAUCAGUUGGAUGAUAUAGAUCCAAUAAGUAAUUUGAAUCAUCCACUUAUAUCAGGGAAUCUAUAUCUACUCAACAAGUUGACGACUAUCGAAAGUUGUUUUUGUAGAGAAAGUCGAACAACUGAUUGUAUGAAACAACCGCAUUAUUUAAUUCUCACAGAUAGCAAUCACAUACGUUAUGUGAAACAAAAUACUAUAUGCUCCACAAAGAAACGACUAAAAGGGAUCAAUAAUGUAGAAAUAGGGAGAUACUUCACUAGAUUCGAAGGUGCUCAUUAUGUACCAAAUGAAAACCUGGCAAAACUAUAUCCAGACGAUGCUGCUGCUAUUCUCGAAAUACUUUCCAGAUAAACUUUGUCAUCGAUGAAUUGAUUUGGGCUCUCGUAUAUUCUACAACACUGCGUGAUUCCCAAUUUAACUCUCAACAUAUCCA